GUUUCCGCGGCCGGGCCUUCUCUAGCCCAGCUUCGUCUCUAUGGUCCCCUGCCGAGGGGCGCUCUAGCCUGCGCCGGGGACGGUGAGACGUCGCAGCCGCCUUGCUGGGCUCCGGGCGGCUCCGGAGGGCGCCUCGCGGAUCGCGCUGUCGGUCAUGGAGCCCUUGCGCAAAGCGCUGAUCGUGGGCGCAGUGCGGGGCGUGGGGGCUGGCGUGGGCUCUGCGCUGUUUGUCCUCGUGACCCCGGGAGAGCAGCAGAAGCAGGCGAUACUAAAGGAGAUACCGGAGCAGGACCCGCAGCGCAGGGACGAGGCAGCCAGGACCAAACAGCUACUGCUGGCCACUCUGCAGGAGGCAGCGGCCACACAAGAGAACGUGGCUUGGAGGAAGAACUGGAUGAGCGGCGGCGGCGGCGGGAGGUCAGCCUGAGCCCGGACCUGCUCCCGUGGGCGCCGUGACCUCCGCUCCCACGCAGGAGUCCAAGGCAGCCUUUCUCCUUUGUGGGCCGGCAAGGAGUCCAGACCCAGAUGCCACGCGCAGGCCUCUCCGGGUCCUGGGGAGCUGCUGCUGGGUGAGCACGUUACCCCCCGCCCCCCAAACCCUGUACUGACUGUGUUUUAACGUCUACGUUACGGGCCGGGGCGUCGGAUGCGGCUUAACUGAAGGAACCAAUAAAUCAUGUUCCUUCAUCCAGAGAGUGACUCUGCAGUUUGGACGCCGGUAAAAGUCUAGAGUGUUUUGGGGGUCGGUGCUGCGAGCCCGAAAGACUGCAACUUCCGCCUGCCCCGCCCCCCAUGUGAAGCUGAAGCCCAAUAGGCAGAGCAACCACGUUUUCAAAAAACCACUCAGGUCAUGUGGUCUGUGUGGAGUGUUCUUUGGGGAUAACCAAGUGACAUUCUUGAAAUCAUAGGUAUCCUGGAAACUCGUGUGCAGUAAAUGCCCGUAGAGGACACCUUGGGCUACUUUCCUUUGAAUGAGGUUGGUGAGGGGAGGGGCUUUUAGUAAUUAACUUGUCCCAUGCUGCCGUCUGUGGUCUUUAACCCUUGGAGGCCCCACCCCCACCCCCACCCCGUGGUAGGACUAGUAAGAGGAGGGUGCUUGGAAUCCGAUCUCGUUUCAACUCCUGCGUGUCCUAAAACCUGAGCCUCAGUCCUGUGCCAUAAAAGGUGCCAUAUCUUGCAGGUGGUUGUAAAGAAGGUGAAUUUAGGAAUGUGAAGUGCAGUGCCUGGCAGAGGGCAGCCUCUCCCUAAAUGCAAUGGGGUUGUCCUCCCUCCAGGUUUUCACUGCAGUGGUCGUCAAACUCUGAAUUGGGUCAUAGGAUCUAUUGGCGAUGCCACUGAAGGGAUGAGAUAAAAGCUGUCAGUGGGGUGACAGCCCCAUAGCCAGACCAACCAGUUCACUUCCCUUUUGUCUACCUUAUGUCCUGUGGUUCCAAACAAGAUUGGUGGUGGUGGUGGGGUGAUGUUGGGGGGGGGGGGCAGCACCCUCGCUUUUAUUAAAUAAAGCUAGAACACUAAA